ACAUAAAAGCAAAACAAAGGCAGAUUUUUUAUCAUGAAUUUGUUUGAUUUGAUGAUAAAUUUUCUAAAAGCGAUGGAAUAACCAACCUAACUAAUUUCUAAUGUGUACUGUAAAGUAAUGUAAACACAAUUAGCGAAAAAUAGUGCUCUCUUAUACAAUAGAAAUCUAACAAAAUUGAUUACGGCCACGUAAAGUAAAUUGUGCAAACCAAUAACAGUUAAAAAGUGAUUUGUUCCUAAAUUUGCAAACAUGUCGGCUCUUCUUACCGCUGAUUGGUUCCAACUAGAUUCUUAUUAUAGGAAAUUUGACCAGUACACAAUGAACUGGGCUAUGGAUGAGGGGUUAGACAAUAUGAUAGUUACCGGAGCCCCAUAUGGAGGCCCUAUUGCUGUGAUACGGGACAGGAAGCAGUUUGUGCGAGUCGUCACUCAGUCCAAACCAGUUAUAACCAUCUAUAACUGUGUUGGAAACAUUAUAUCAAAAAUUCUGUGGAACAGCGGUGUGCUGGUGCAGCUGGGCUGGUCGGACAGCGAGCAGCUGCUCUGUGUACAGGAGAGCGGGGACGUGCUCAUCUACGACAUGUUCGGAGCCUACCAGAAGACAUUCAGCCUCGGACAGGAAGUGCGGGAUACUAAGGUUUGCAAAGCGCAGUUCUUCCCCAAUCCCAAUGGCAUUGGUCUAGGAGUGAUCACGACAACCAACAGAAUGUUCCUGGUCAACAAUGUGUCCGAACCUAAGAUACGGAAUGUGCCAGAUCUGCCAAGGGCCAAUGAGCUGAUCACGUCGUGGUCCGUACUGUGCAGCGGCUCCCGCGCCGCAGCUAACAUUGGUUUCCUUGUGUCGAGAGAUAAGGAGCUCUACAAGUGUCAGCUGGGCGAGUCGAGAGCUGUGUUGAUGCGGCCCGAAAUCCGCAAUCCAUACACGCAAAUCCUUUCCAUAGUGCCGUCACAAAAUGGACGCCACGUCGCUCUAUUCACAGACUCCGGAUUCCUUUGGAUCGGCUCUUCCGACUUCAGAAGCAAAUACUGCGAAAUCGAUACAGGAUAUGUUAAACAACCUAAAGAAUUGGUUUGGUGUGGCUCCCAAGCUAUAAUAGCUCAUUGGGAAGACGUGAUGUGCAUAUACGGUUUCAACGGCAACACAUCUAACUUCCAAUACGACGGGCCAUUCCACAUCAUACCAGAAAUGGACUGUGUCCGGGUGGUCUCUGAGAUGACCCAUGAGAUCAUACAGAAAGUUCCUGUGGUAAUGGAGAAAAUAUUCAGAAUCAACAGCACGGCCCCCGGGGCGUAUUUGGUCGAAGCCUCAAAGCAGUUUCAGAAACGAAGUCACCAAGCCGACGAGUACAUUCGCCUAGUCAAACCGGACCUGACGUCAGCAGUACAGGACUGCAUCGACGCAGCCUCAUACGAAUUCGACCCGGAAGUUCAGAAGAUGCUGAUCAGAGCCGCUCAGUUCGGCAAGGGGUUCAUCAUGGAUGCAAACAUCACGGAUACCUAUGUGAAGACGUGCCGGUGGCUGAGGGUCUUGAACAGCGUUCGGGACCCCAAAGUCGCCAUUCCUUUGACGUUUUUGCAGGUCCAGAACCUGGGCGAGCGCGUGCUGAUAGACCGGCUGAUCUGGCGGCGCCUGCACUGCCUGGCGAAGCACGUCGCCGCUUAUCUGCAGAUGAAGGAUGGACCCACACGCGUGCUGUCGCACUGGGCUUGCUAUAAGGUGACUCAGCCGCACCUGGACAACGAGAGCGCGGCGCGUGAGAUCGGCGAGAAGCUGCGCGGCGUGGCCGGCGUGUCGUACGCCACCAUCGCCAUGAAGGCCGCCGAUAAGGGACGGAAGGCGCUCGCUAUCAAGAUCCUAGAGUACGAGACUCGCAGCAAGCUCCAAGUGCCGCUACUCCUGGCUCUGGGCGAGGGCGGCACGGCGCUGCUGAAGGCCACGGCUAGCGGGGACACGGACCUGGUGUAUGUCGUGCUACUGCACUUGAAGGAGAACAUGGGGAAACAUGAGUUUGAGUUGACAAUCCGCAGUUUCCCGCUGGCGCACGCGCUGUACAUCAAAUACUGCGGACAACACAACCGAGAGGCGUUGCGGGCUAUAUACGUACAAGAAGAUGACUUCCCAGGGCAAGCCGCCACGCACAUCCACGACGCCAUAGAGUCGUCCAACCCCGGCAGCGUCGAGGCCAGCCUCAUAUCUGCCAGAGAGUGCUAUAAGAAGGGAAAGAAUGAUUUAGGUGUGUCCAUAUGCGAAGACUCCCGCAAGCUGUGCAAGCAGCAGUCGAGCCUGCAAGAGACGUACGGGGCGAGCUUCGUCGGCCUCUCGCUACACGACACUGUGAAGAAACUUCUGGAACAGGGCGAGGUCAAACUGGCUGACAAACUGCGAUCGGAGUAUAAAAUGCCUGAUAGGAGAUACUGGUGGAUCCGCAUCCUCUCUCUAGCCGAGCGCGGCGAGUGGGCCGAACUCGACCGGUUCUCCAAGUCGAAGAAGUCUCCCGUCGGCUACGAACCAUUCGUGGACGCGUGUCUGAAGCACGACAAGACUGAUGAGGCCCUGAAGUACCUGCCCCGCUGCCGGGACGAGAUCAAAGUCAAGUAUUAUGUUAAGGCUGGAUUUUAUGAAGAGGCGGCUCAGGUGGCCUUCGAACAGAAAGACGAGAGUGCUCUAUUCUUCGUGCAAAGCAAAUGUCCUCUUAGAGAUUCCAUCAAACACGAGCGAAUAUCUGCACUGCUAGAACAACUCAUGUCUAGGAAGUAAGCCAUCAUUCAUUCAUUCCCACACCAUGAAAGUACUAUAUUAUUUAAGUGAACGCUGUAUAUAAUUGUAACCAAAUAUUAUAUGACUGUAUUUAAUAUGUAUUUACUAGUAAGAAAUAAAAUGUAUCAAGUGGCAUGACA